UGGUGGUGCUGAAGGGACAGCUCCCUGUGGUGCUCCUCAAGUGAACGCACAUCAGGGCGCUGAAGGGGAGGACAGCUCCCCUGUUAAGACAAAGCAGGAACCUGUGGGGGCUGCAGAGAGAGGACCCCCACUGAGCCCUGUGCAUUAGAGAGCUGGUAGCAGCGGCGAUGCUUCUAAUGGGAGCAUUCUGAGUCCUUCUGCUCUUCACAUUGCUGCUGCCGACAAAAAAGCAGCCGCUGGCCUGGGGCGCCACGACAUAUAAGGAGGACGGUGCUGAAUGGACAGCACCUACUGCUUGGCUUUAGGCAUCAAGGAAUGUAAUCCACAAUGCUAAUGCUCAGGUUUCUCAAUGUGGUCGCUCCAGUCUACUUCCUCUGUAUCUCCUUAGUGACCUUCGUCCUCCAGCUCUUCCUCUUCAUUCCAAGCAUGUUCAAAGACCCUUCCGCCACCCCACUUUUCUCCUCUGCUCUGCUGCAUGGGGCUCUCUUUCUGUACCUCUCAGCUAAUGCUUUGGGCAACUACAUCCUGGUAAUACAGAACUCCCCUGAGGAGGACCUGGGGAAGGGCCCAGAUUUGGCUAGAGGAGCCAAAGGGGUGACUGAGUGGCCAAAUGGAAACAGGUCCCCUGCUUCAGCCCUGCCUGGCACUCACUUCUGUAGACUGUGUGCCCGAACCACCCAGAGGCAUGACCACCACUGUUUCUUCACAGGGACCUGCAUUGGGAAUACUAAUAUGCGGAACUUCAUCAUGUUCUGUCUAUAUACCUCCUUGGCUUGCCUUGAUUCCCUGGUGGCUGGGGUGGCUUAUAUUUCUGCUGCACUCUCAACUUCCUUUGCCAGCCCACUGGCUUUCCUAACUCUUCUGCCUCACUCCAUUAGCCAGUUCUUCUCAGGAGCUCUUCUAAGCUCAGAAAUGUUUGUCAUCCUUAUGCUAUACCUCUGGCUGGGAAUUGGACUUGCCUGUGCUGGCUUCUGUUGUCACCAAAUGCUGCUGAUCUUGCGAGGGCAAACCCGGUACCAGAUGCGGAAGGGGAUGGCAGCCAGAGGCCAGCCCUGGAAGAAGAAUCUGAAGGAGGUCUUUGGGAAGAGAUGGCUGCUUGGACUGCUUAUUCCUGUGCUCAGUGUGGGAAGUGACUAUCACCAGCAAAAGGAGAAAUGACACCUCCCUUAACACUUAGCAACAUGCACAGGUGCUUGCACACAUUGACGUGCAUGUACACACAUUUGCUGUAAUGGAAUGCAGUACUUGGAUACACUUGUCUUUUCCCCACCUUGUAGCCUUGCAAUGUAUCAGAAAAAAGGCAACCAGUGAGGCAAUGGGGCUAAUUCUAUGAUUUAAAAGAAGCGGGACUGACCACUUCUAACAAUAUUAAGCAAUCCCUCCCUUGAGAAGCCAGUUCUCUCCUCUACCUUCUCCCAGUGACUGAGUUCCCUUCCACCUUGACUUUUGUGCUUAACUGGGGAAGGAGGAGAAUCCUCCGCCUUCAGCUUCUCCAAGGUAGCCUGUAUUGUCACGAACAAGUUGUAAGCACAAGCAUAGGUUCCUGGGAGAUUUGCCCAAUGUGUUAGCUGAAAUUUUUGGCAGCUUAAAAUAACCCCAAUUGAGAAAGAAUUGCUUCCCCCCCCCCCAAAUACUGGGCAAUAUGGCUGAUUAAACUCUUAAAAACAGAACUCACAAACACACACACGCACACACACACGCACACACACACACACGCACAAAGAUAAACAAUCUGGGAAAGCAAGUAGAAUUUGCUUAUGUUUUGAAGUGGAAAGCACUUAUUUGUUCCCCUAACUACCUCUGCUCCAACAUGCAGGAAUGGCAUUUCAUAGCCUUAUCAUAUGCCCUUCCAGAAUAGGAGAUACAUUCCCACCCUUCCUUUCGAAUCUCUGCAGAGUUAGGCUUGUUUUUCAACCUCUCUGUCUCCCAGCACGGCUUGAAAUGAAUCCAACUCCAAGUAUCGCUAACAGUAUUCUUUGGGAGAAUGAUGGCCAAAUACAGAGGUCAGGUAGAUGGGAAUAUGUAAGGUGAAGGAAUGACUCUCUCCUGGUGCUUUCAACUCUGAAAAAUUGCCAUUGACCUCUAGCAAGCCAGGAGAUCAGCAAGAGAAAGCAGGACCCAUCAUUCUGCAUCUGUCACAGAAGACGUCAAGUGAAAUACUCAACUGAAUUAUUGAGGCAAAAGCAGCAGCCCUCAGAGUAGCACUUUGCAAUCAGUCAGGAUAUUAUAAUUAAUAAGAUGAAGACUUUGACUCAUCCCUGGGAGAUAAGAACAUAUUAGGAACAAGCCCUCCUCAGGCCCACCAUCUCAUUUUUACUCUGCAUGUCCUCUUAAGCUAAGCUUUAUUUCAUAGUCUGUUCAUACCCCAGUGAUGGCUUUUUGGAUGCAUCCGCUCCUCUCUUCACUAACCAGCAGAAAGUGGCCAGAGGCAAAUAUUUCAGCUCUGAGAAGCCAGUUCCUGGGUUUAAACAAGAAAUCCAAUCAAUCUGCCGAUCUUUAGCUCAUUACACACUCCCGUUGUUCUCUGUGCUAGGAUUCUAUAAUGGAAAGUGCCUGAUUUUUUUUUUUAAAGAAAAGCUAUCUUCCCGUAUUGUGAAACUUGCAGAAACUUAAAAUCCAUCACUAUUUCAAAAGUCAGAACUUUUUUUUCAAAAUCUUUUUAGUGUGUCUAAAAAGUGUGGGUGUGCGUGCAGAAAACACCGUGCAUGUGCAGAGAACAUAAAGCACGUACAUCAAAAUAUAAACACGGAUACACUCUCCCAUUGAUUACUUAACACAAUAUUUUGUGUUAUUUUUAGGUUUGUGAACAAAAGUAUUACAAAACAUAAUGAUUGAACAAGUAACAAAACGUACAAUACAGGCAGAAUAGGAGGUGGGUUUAAAUACAAACAUAUUUAAAAACUUGAUAAAAAAGACUUUUAUGAUAUCAAAAAGAUGGGAUGAGAAUAGACCAUGUCACCAAGAAAGAACACCAAUAAGGAGACACUAAUCUUUUUAUCUUGUAUAAUGCAGAUGCUUGGAGAAUGGUAUGUAUGGACAGGUUGAUUUGUUUCUGAAUUAAGAUUAUUUUUUUUAGCUGCCCUUCUUAUAUAGGUCCUGGAGUUCUCUGCUGGGAAUGCAAAAUCCAAAAUGUGCCCCAAAGUACUAAAAUAAAAGUAAGGAUUAUAUGAAAGUAAAAAUCCUACUAUGUCACAGAGGAUCUGGAUUCAAAAUAUUCCCAGAUUCAAUCCAUUAUUUUCCAACAAGCUGACUAUUAUACAAAGUUAAUAUUAAUCAGCACAAGUAACCUUACUGUCUUCUUGGAGAAAGUCUGGGGAGGCAGAAGAUGCUGGAGAUCUUUUUUUUUUAAUGGCAUUUUUAAUCCACGUGUAUUUCUGGUGGUACCAAUACAUUCAGAGGAAACAAAUAAGAGAACAUAAUCUGAAGAAUUGCUUUGAUUAUAAGAAAUCUUAGGAGAAAAAAAGUAGCUAGUAGCUAGGUAGAUGAUAGCACAUUUAGAAAAAAGGCCUUCUAGUAAGACAUGCACUUGCAUGAAAAUAUGUUUAACUACCUACUUAAUAAUAUGCUGCAUUUGCACAACAAUAAAGUGUUUGGGUUUUUUGUGCUUUGUAUGUUGUCAUCUUUAAUGCCUCUUUUAUAAAAUGGGAAUGAGGACAGGGAGUUUUGCAAUUUUAAAUGCAGUUGAAAUGUGAUGGCCGCUUACAAGGCA